AUGAGUUCUCCUACUGAAGUUAAUGAUACUCCAAUGACUUCACCUCCCAAUACACAAACACAACCUGAAGCAUCAAAUCCACCAAGGAAUGAUAUAGAGGAAGAAGAAGAUACCGUGUCGUUACCAUUAUCCAAGAUCAAAAGAAUCUUCAAGAUGGAUUCUGAGUAUACUGGAGCAUCUCAAAGCUCAGUAUAUUCCACCGCCAUUGCAACAGAAUUAUUCAUCCAAUACUUAACAGAGCAAGCCGUAGCUAUGGCUAAGUUGGACAAGAGAAAGAAGCUUUUAUAUAAAGAUUUAAGUAACGUGGUAUCGUCGCAGGAUUCAUUGAAUUUCUUAGUGGAUACUGUUCCAAAGACUGUACCUUUGAAAGAGGUUUUAGACACCGCCACUCAAGAAAAGAUAGAACAGCCUAAACCUCAACCAAAAGUUGAUAUCACCAACAUGUUUCCAAGAAAGGAGGUAAAGAAAGCAACGAUAACUGAUUUAGUUUCUAAUGAUUCAUAA